AUGGGCCCUCGGGAUCCACAACGAUCUAAUAGGGAAUUGCCCUCGAGGCGUAGCAGAAGGUUGGCUCGAGAAAAUCCCAAACCUCGCCCUUCCAAUAGCUAUUACCCAAGACCAACUAGUCCCUUUUACUACAGUCUUGAAACAGGGUUUUUAGAGGUCCAAAGGCCCGCGCCAGAUCCUCCACGAUCACCAGAGCUCCUAGGGAAUGAUCCCUUAACUCCUCAGGCUAUCGAAAGCCUUAGAUUAGAUCAUGAUAGAAGUGUUUCUUUUGACGAUGACCGGAUUCCCCACGGCCCAGUCGGCGAGAUGAAGAAUGCACAUCAAUUCGGCCGCGCAGAAUCCGCACCUGAACCUCAACCAUCGAUUCUAGACUGCGGAUCACCAGACCUCAAGCCAUCAUGUGGAUCCUUGAGUCGUAUGAUGUCUCCGAUCCCUCAUCUGGAUAUCUCUGACGACGGCUCCAAAGCGACCGAUGACCCUCCUCGGAACCACCAAAUUCUACAUUUCUCAACUAGCAAUCUCAGGCCUAGGAACCCUCCAACCUGCAAUAACGUUGUUCCUAGUGCCCCUAGAGACUUCUUUCCUGAUAGCGUUACUUGUUCAUCUGACAAUGCCGUACCACACCCGGAUACACCAAUCUCGCCCAAAUUGGCCUCUUCACAACAGCUCCCAAACAGUCCAUCUCCCGGGCAAAGUUUUGCUCACGAUCAAGAAGAGGACCCUUGGGAGCGCUUAAAUACUCUCGCAAGGUUGGCGGUUGCUGAAGUUAUGGCUAUAGAGGGAGACCAAGAGACCAAGAAAGCGCUAGACACCGCCAGAUCCUCUGAUAUUCAGAGCAAAGAGUUCUUGGACUCCAUAGCCUAUCUCUCGCAGAUUGAUUACAGACAACCGUUAGUUAAUCGGAAUGGUUGGCACUACACUAGUGAUAUGGCAAGCGGUUCGUUUUUAUAA